GAGCGCAGCGGCUCAGACCUGGCGCAUGGUGCGAACACUGGGCAAGCUCAACAGAUCUCUGUCUUAGACACAAACAGUUUUUUGUUAACUGACCUGCUGGCCAUCCAGAGCGGCUCAGGGCUCGUUUUCAGUCGCACCGGCAGCUAAAUGUUUAACUUUUCCAUUAACGAAGUAACUUUUGCGCAUUUUUACGCGUGCAAGAGAGGCGCGUAAAUCAGUAAAAAAAAAAAAAAAAAAACGCAGUAGUUUUGGAGCUGGAUCACUUCUGAAGAGUUAUGGUGGCGAACAACCCCGAUUUGCUGCACACCGACUCAGAGAUGGAGCUCGACGCGGAUUCUUCGCGCAGCCCGGGCUCGCCGCCUGCCUCUCCCGACAAGCUGGACGUGGCGUGGUGCAAGACGCCCACCGGGCACAUCAAGCGACCCAUGAACGCGUUUAUGGUUUGGUCGCAGAUAGAAAGGCGAAAGAUCAUGGAGCAAUCCCCGGACAUGCACAACGCGGAAAUCUCCAAGCGGCUUGGCAAGCGCUGGAAGCUGCUCCGGGACUGCGACAAGAUCCCCUUCAUCCGGGAGGCAGAGCGGCUUCGGCUCAAGCACAUGGCCGACUACCCGGACUACAAGUACCGCCCCAGGAAGAAAGUCAAACCGGCCAGCCAAGCCAGUGCGUGCAAGUCUGAGAAAGCUCUCACUAGCACAAAAUCGUCCAAAAAGUGCGCGAAGACGCAUAAAAGUGCUUCACACAAACCGAGAGCUGCGUCCUUAUCCAAGCAGAUCCCGGAUACGAAAACAACCAAGCGCUCGCAGUCGCACCCGGGCGGAGACAGCGUCGCGCCGUCCGUGCCAUCCAGCCCGACUCUGACUGAAUGCGGGGACGCGCCGAGCCUGUACGAGGACGCUCGGGCAUCUUCUCCGACACCAUCCGCGUCUCACUCUUCGUCCUCAUCUUCGUCUUCUUCCUCCUCCUCAUCCUCAACGCAUUCGUCCUCCUCGGAUGAAGAAUUUGAAGACGACCCGCUGGAUUUCGAUCCCAGUCCAGCCAGCAUCUCCGGAUUCGGCAGCGACCACGCAACAAGCCUGGACCGAGAUUUAGACUUUGGGUUCGAGUCGGGAUCCGGCUCGCACUUCGACUUCCCGGACUACGGCACGCCAGAAGUGAGCGAGUUGUUUUUGGGGGACUGGCUGGAAUCCACGAUUUCCAACUUGGUGUUCACAUAUUGAGCAGAGCGAACUUGAUGUGAGAGACUUUGGUCGUGGAAAUCACAAACGCGCACCUAAACGCGCAGUCGAGAUGCGCCGUGUGCGCAAUAAAUCCCCACCUGUUUCAUAUUAAAACGCUGUGGGUUGACACGCUUCUAUGUUGGUCGACCAGACGAGGAUGACGAGGAAGUUCCAGGUGCAGAGGAGGUCGAAUUAUUGAGGUAGUUUUGCCUAAUAAUGUGUUUGAAAGAAGGAAUAACAAGUGGUGGCACCUUCUAUAAAAGGGACGUUUAAAAUCCAUCACUGAUUGACAGACUGAUGGCGCGCAGUGCACAUGUUGAGCAUGCUGACUAUAAGGUGUUUUGCCUGGAACAGGUUUGAGUGAGGACAAUAUAAAGACUAAUUCCUCAUGAGUUCUGGGGAGGAGGGGGAACUGUUCAGCUGUUUUAGUGAGAGCAGUGCACAUGCUGAGCCAUGCUGACUGUUUCCAGUGAUGGCACCUUUUACAGAGACGUUUCAGAUCUACGACUGAUUUACUAGCCACAAGUGCACAUGUUGAUGCAUGCUGACUGUUUGCCUGAGUGGGUUUAAGAAAGGCAGCGUUUAGACAAAAAGCCCACGAAUGGUGGCAAGCAAAGUUUAAAUUAUCUAGUCUGUAGUGCAACUAAACCGACACUGUUCACACAUUAUGACCGAUGCAAUGUUUUGCCUAUGAGUGGGUUGAACAGAAGACAGUAUUUGAAUGGGACGUUUUAGUUGGCACAUGUUGGCACAAAUUGACUGUUGAAGUGUUUUGCUUAUGACUGACUGUAUAUGUAUGACAAAACCAUCAGCCAAGCAGAGAUCUGACUUUCAGUGGGACAAAGGGACAUUUAAAAACCAGUUCUUUAGUGGACCAGAUGAAGGUCCAGGAGUUUGGUGACUGUUUUGAAGGGACGAUUGAAACAACUGACUGACUAAUUGAUGUCAUGCUUUAGACUGGUGCAUGUGUUGGCACAUGCUGACUGGUGUAGUGUUUUGAAAGGAACAGAGACCAUAAAUUUUACAGCAGAUGGUAGGGUUUUAUUGGUAACAUAAGUGACAUAAAUCCUCUUUAUAUAACAUAACAAUAUAAAAUUGAGUUCUAAAUCAAAAAUAAAAUCCAAAUGCUGCACAGACUACAGCACAGAUCAGCCCAAAUAAAACCAGCAUGUUUGGAAUUCACACUUUGAAUAUUUUUCCUCUUUGUGCCCCCCUAAUGUAGGACACAAUCCAAAUCUGUUCACUGAUGGACUGACUGAUGUGCCUAGUUUAAACUGGACUAAAUACAAGACGAGAAACUCAUCACCAGCUUUCUUUCCCAUCCAGGAGAUGUCAGGUGUAAAUGCAACUCAGACGGUUCAGCUGUUUUUUUUUAGUCUUACACUACGAAUACAAAUCAGGACCAAAAUCCGUCCGAGGGGCGUCUUCGCUCUCCUGUUUUUUUUACCUGCUCGGUAUCGGUAUCUUCUUAUCUAAACUUCUUUGUGCUCAUUUUAUAUCGAUGUAUUUAUACAGGUGGCAUUUCCUCGUGCUAAAGGAACAGUUGGGAGGAAAUGCCAGUCUGGCCCGGCGGUGGCUCGUGCUUUUUGUAAGCCACGCGAGGUCUGAAGUUUCCGGUGAAGCUAAUUCCUUUAGCUGACGUAACUUGUCGUGUAGCCUCCAGAUGCAACACGUCUGUUUUCCAAGGGCUAGAAACCGUGUGAGAUUGUGUAAUUGAAGUCCGAAACGUCCGUGUCAUUUUCUACUCGUAUUUUUGUACAAUUUAGUCAAAGCGGUUUACAAAGGUCACAAUUCCUCCACCAGCCACACAGAGACUGUAUGUAGCACCAGCAGCAGUGUCCUUAUGGGAAAUACUGUUCCAAUACUGUUCUUGUGCUUUAUUAGCAAAGCCUUUCAUUUUAUUUUUAAUUUGUAUUUUGUUUUUGAACCACUGGAUCAAAUCUGAAAACGCCUACAGAAAUGAAGUACUGCUCUCACUCCGAAAUGUACAAGGAUGUUUUAAUCUUUUUGUACUUGUCGUAGCUUUUUUAGUGUGUCACGUGAGGCAUGGUGACUAGCGUUUUCGUACUCUUACUUUCUCGAUUCAGGUUGAGCUAAAAAAAAAAGGAUGAAGCGUAAAUAAAGAUUUAUGUACAUUGAUUGUAUUAUAGGUAAAGACUGUGUGCUUGUUUGACAAGGAUCAGUCGCCACAGGCACUUGAACAUAUACCUUUAUGAUGUUUGUCCCUCUGUUUGACUUGUUGUUCAUGAGUUCUUCGGGAUAAAAUAGGCCUAUAUACAUUUUAUAUUUGUUUCAUUUUGUGCAAUAUGCUGUGUACAAUAUUGUUUUGUCUUGCCAUACCAUAUCUCUGUUAUUUUUAAAGUAGAGAAUUCAAAAGCCAGCCAGUUGUGUCGUCACUGCCUGCCAGACCUCUGUACAAAAACAACAAAAGAAAAAAAAAAAACUUGUCUUUUUUCCAGAAGAAAAUAAAAUCAGCUGGAACUGA